UCCAACUGGCUCCAUUCAAAAAUAUUUUCUCAGACAUGAAAUUUGUUUUAGUUUUAAUUAAGAAACCCUUGGCUUCUAGGUCAUUAUUGUUCUUAGUACAGGCCAAGACAUUGCCAUUGGUUCAGUGUGCUUAUUCUGGACGGAAAAUGAAUUUAAUCAACCAUUAAAAUAUAUUAAUAUUUAAAAGGUUUAAAGGGGGAAAAGUAAAGAACAUUUUUUAGAACGGAUUAGUUUUCCUGAUCCCUUAAACCCACAACAAAAAUCGUUCAAUAAUCAAUCGCCUUCAGUUGUAAAAAAAAAAAGAAAUCGGUUUCACGCAGCACUUUUUUGCAGCCCUCGUUCCAGUACGAGAAUAAAAACAAGAAAGGCCUCCGGGAAAAUUCAACAUCGCGAAUAGAGAAAUCGCGAAAUACUCGCCUCCUCCACCCAAUUUAAGCAGCUAUUGGAGGCACCAGCUCUGAAAAUCUAGAGGCCCACCAUGGAGCGCUACCUGAGCCGGCGCGAGAGUGGGUUCUCCACCCAUGCGGGGGACGAGAACUUCGUUAUGCGGCGGAUAUACAGCUCGAUGAACAUGUUCAAUAGCUACCACGCCAACUGCAGGCCCACGGAGGCCGGUCAGACCGGGGCCAUCUUCAACCUGGAGUUCAAUGCCGAUGGCAACGUGGUGGUAGCCGCCACCGAGCGCAAGUGCGUCCUCGUGUUCGACGCCAUCACACAGAAGGAGAUCUUCAAGGUUCCGGAUGCACACACCGACAGUGUCAACUGCAUCAAAUUCUUUGACGACCGACUCUUCGCCACGGGCUCCGACGACUUUACAGUGGCCCUGUGGGACUUGCGCAACAUGAAACAGAAGUUGCGCGUCCUGCACGGCCACUCCAACUGGGUAAAGAACAUUGAGUACUCGUCCAAGGACAAGCUCCUUGUCAGCUCUGGCUUCGAUGGCAGCAUCUUCACAUGGGACAUCAACUCGCACACGGAGCAGGGUCUGAUCUCGCAGCGCGUCUUCCAUGCCAGCGGGCUGAUGCGUUGCCGUAUAUCGCCCACAGGGGAUAAGCUGGUCCUCUGCACUAGUGGCGGCUACAUAAUGAUCAUCCAUCACCUUGACCUGACCACGCUGCACAAGGAUCUGUGCGGUUUUAGACCUGGCAUAUACCGCCUGAUGCAGCUGGGCGAGCAGUACAUCCCUCAGGCCGCCAAAUACGACCAUGUGUUCUCUAAGCGACAGAAGAAGAACCGCGUGGAGCUGGUCACCGACUUCCCCGAGCAGAACGACGCCGAGAUGAUCAUGGCCCUGCAGAUCCACCCACACUGCCGCUGCAUGCUGACGCGUAACGUAAGCUGCGACGAGCAGAGCGAGUGGACAUGCAUCCACGACAUUAAUGAGGAGCCGGUGGUUAGCGAAGACGAUGGCGAGGAAGAGGAGCCGCAAGCCAAGAAGAAGUGCACGCACUCCUCGGUCAGUAGUCGCAACAGUGCGUCAAGAGAUUCCACUUCCACCACAGCGCCAGACCCAGAUGUCGAGGGACUACCACCCAGACCGCCGCGAAGGCUGCGUAUAGGAAAUGUUCAGGUCUUCCACUUGGACAACGCUGGAUCGGGCAGACUAGCCGGAGGUGCAGCACCUGCCGCUGUCUCACCGCGGCCGGAUACUUUUAUACCCGACAUUUGGGCGGCGGAGGUGACUGUGCAGGAGCGCGCUAUCCGCCAGAAUCGGGCCCGCAACUCUAACAAUCACGUCAGCGGCUACAACUUUGUGUAUGCGAUCAGUAGUGGCGUGCUCCCGCUGCGGCCCUCGGCGGCCAGUCGUCUGAUGGUUAACAACGGCAGCGCACGCCAGCCGCCAGCCUCCGAGAGCCCUACCAGCAGCAGCUCAAGUAACAGUAGCAGCAGCAGCAGCAGCCCCGGCAGCAACAGCAGCAGCAGUAGUGGUAGUAGUAGCAACAGUGACACCCGGGUGCGACUUGAGAUCGGUCAUCGUCUGCGUUUGCGUCCAGUAAUCAGACAUGCGGGAGCGGCCACGUCCAAGGAGAAUGCCCAUGCCAUACUGGUGAAUGCCAAGAAGCUGCUCUACUAUGCCGCCGAAACCAAUACUAAGCCGGGUUUCAUCAAGGAGCCAGGCUUCUCGGCGGACGGUAGGAUCGUCUGCUCCCCGUAUGGAAACGGUGUGCGCCUGCUGGGCUACAGUGCGGAUUGCUGCGACUAUCCCAGAUCCCAAAAGUUCGAGGAGGUGAAGCGUCGUCCCCAGAAGCUUGUUGAGCUCGCCAAGAUCACCGAGCACCAGGACGUAGUGCUGUGCGCCAAGUUUAGCCCGAGGGAACCAUUGCUUGUCACCGGUUGCAAUGGUGGCGAGGUGACCUGGUAUCGGCCCAAUCUCUAGGCUUUUCCCCAUCGGUGGUGACAAAUUGUAAAUUUUAUUUUGUAUUUAGGCAUACUUUUGACUCAUACCCAAGGAUUUACUUGGCGAAAUACAUGCAACGCGUAUAUGGUGAA